AUGGAGACUAGAGAAGGAUCAUUGACAUGGAGUGUCUUGAAGUGUGACCUUCAUCCUUGGAUUAAGGAAGCCAUUAAAUCGUUAGGGUAUCCUACUAUGACACCAGUUCAGGCAUCAACGAUUCCUUUAUUCAGUGGAAAUAAAGAUGUGGUAGUUGAAGCUGUUACAGGUUCUGGUAAGACUUUAGCGUUUGUUAUACCGGUAUUACAAAAGAUAUCAAACCGCUUAUAUAACAUUGAUGAAGAAGGUGAUGGACCUGAACCAGUGAAAAAAGGUCAUAUGCUUAGUAUUAUUCUUUCUCCUACUAGAGAAUUAGCAAAACAGAUUCAAACCGUGUUUGACAAAGUUCUUGAAUAUCUCCCAGAGGAGAAGACAGCUAUAAAGACACAGCUAUUGGUUGGAUCAUUAUCAAGCGUUAGAGAAGAUAUUGAUUAUUUUCUCACCAAUAAAACACAUAUAUUAAUAGCCACACCGGGUAGAUUGUUGGACUUUUUGUCUUCAAAUUAUGUGAAAACCAAUUCCGUUGAAAUAGCAGUGUUGGAUGAAGCAGAUAAGCUUUUAGAUAUAUCGUUUGAAAGAGAUGUGAUUAAAAUAUUGAAACAAUUGCCUAAGCAACGUCGUACUGGAUUAUUUUCUGCAACGAUAUCGUCCGCAGGAGAUACCAUUUUUAGAACUGGUAUGGCAAACCCUGUGAAGAUUGUUGUGAAGUCAAAGAACUCGAAAAAUUCAGCACCAUCUUCAUUGAAUGUAAGCUAUAUGAAUGUGGAACCCGAGACUAAAAUAUCUACAUUAAUUGCAUUACUAAAAGAUUAUCGUUUUCAAAAAUGUAUAGUAUACUUUCCAACUUGUACAUCUGUGAAACACUUUUAUUCGGUAUUUCAAAAGUUAAUUAACACAGAAGAUGAAGAUCAAUUUAAGUUUUUUUCUUUGCAUGGCCAGCUUUCAACUAAACCUCGUUUAAAGACAUUGCAAAACUUUGCUGAGGGUGAUUCUAUGCUUAAUAAACAUGUGCUAUUAACCACAGAUGUUGCAGCUAGAGGUAUUGAUAUCCCUGAUGUUGAUUUAGUUAUUCAGCUUGACCCCCCAACUGAUCCUGAUGUGUUCUUCCAUAGAUGUGGUAGAACAGGUAGAGCUAAUAAAGUAGGACAAGCGAUAGUGAUGUUGAACAACAAUAGCAGAGAGGAAGAUUAUGUAAAUUUUAUGGAAGUUAAAGGAAUGACAAUGGACAAUAUGGAAUGCCCUGAUAUUUCAAAAACCCACAAUAAAUUUCAAAAACAAUUCAGAAAGUACAUGCUAGAGGAUAGAGCUAGACAUGAAUUAGCAAUAAAAUCCUACGUUGGAUUUAUUAGAUACUAUUCUAAGCACAUGGCAUCGUCAAUUUUCAGAUUACAAACAUUGGACUAUAUCGGGCUCGGUAGAAUGUAUGGAUUAUUGAGAUUACCCAAAAUGCCUGAAUCUAGAUAUAUCCCAAACGACAAAAUGCCAGAAGAUGGAUGGUUAGGUGACGUUAUAGAUAUGGAUAAGUUUGAGUAUGCAGAUAAGCAAAAGGAAGAAUCGAGGAUGAAGAAUUUAGAAGAAGACAAAGCAAGAAAAAUAAACGAUGCAAAGAAAAGGAAAGAGCUUAAAGCUAAGAAUGAAGCCUGGUCGAGUAAAACAGAUAAGAUAGAAACGAAACAAGAAAGAAGGGAGAAGAUGAAAAGAAAAAGAGAAGCAAUUGAAAAACAAAUAAUGGAGGAUUCUUCGUCAGAUGAAGAAACUCAAGUAGAUUGGAAGGAGAUGGUUAAAACUAACAAGAAGAAAAAGACUACAUCAGAUAGCAUGCAAGGAUCAUUUGAUGAUUUGUAG